AUGAAAUAAGGUUAUUGGAUUUAAGGCUGGAGUGAUUUGGUUGCAAAUUUGAAAGUCACCUAAAAUUGCAUGGACUUGAUUGACGUCCAGGGAAAUGGCCAAUAUAAUUUGGUGGUUGCAGAUUAAAAUUAAAGACUUGUGUCCUACAGGAAUACCAACAUCGCUUGGGAAACCAGACUGACAGACAAACCAGUCUGCAUGACGUAUUUCUACGGCGAUACAUCGGGCCAACCUUGCAUCAGCAUAUGCCACGGAAACACCAUAUACAACUAUAAGAUUUUCAAAGCCUUUUAUAAAUGUCAAAUUCCAAAUAUUCAAUUGAAACAAGAGGAAGCAGACAUCUGGAAAUAGUAUUCGACCGAUAAGAAUCUCCAAAACCUCAUAAGGGAUUUGAAGAAUUUGCAAUAAUAACAUUCCAAUUUAUCGUAUAAGUCUUUGGAAUUGUUGUGCUUUUAGGAUUUGCAAAAACAAUAGGAAUUAGCAGAAAAAUAUUAGGAUAGUCCUUACAUCGAAGAUUCAGUCACUUGUGUGAGUGUACUUAAAAAAAAUGUAGAUGAAGAUAAAUCCCAAGGGUAAUUAAUUGUAGGAACAGAAUUGAAAUUCAUAUACAUAUAUAAUUAAGAAAUCACUUAAAUUUAUAAAAAAUAUGAAAUACCUGGAGUUCCGAUUUCAAUUUGCAUAUUUUCAGAAGAACAAAAAGACGGCCGAAUUGCAGUAUUAGUCAGAGAGAAUUGUGUGUAUUUCAUUGGCAAUGACAUUGAACCCUACACCAUCGAUUUGCAAUCCAAACCAAUAACCAUGAUAAGAUAACAACGAUGUCUGUACAUAGCAACCAUGGAUAGGGUUGUCCAAAACUAUUAACACAAAUAAAAAUAAUAUUAGUUAUAGAUGUAACAUAAUAUCUUGGGCAUUGAAACUGUGACCACAGGCAAAGGAUAAGAAACCAAAGGGUUGCUUAUUGCAUUAGAAAAUAAGACUAUUCAAUUCUAUAAGGAUACUCUAUUGAUGUCUAUUAUUAAUCUGGAAAGCAAUGUUUCAGUCAUGAGAUUUGGAUUCUUCGGAGUCAGCCAAGAUGGUUUUCUAAUUACCAUUAAUAUCAAAGGAGCAUUAGAAACUAGAACUCUAUCCAGAGAAUUCGAAAGGAAGAAACAAGCCAUACUAGAAAAGGAAAUUAUUAAACCCAUCGAAUUUCCACCUAUCACCAAUUUAUUCAUUGAACAGUUUCAAAGAGAGAGAGAAUAGGGCUCAGAAAUGUUAAGGACAUAUUAAUAUGAUUUAUUGAGAAUGAGAUUUAAGACUGCCUAAACAUACUUGAACAUAUUGUCUAAUAAGGAAUAGGCUCCUCAAUUAAAUUAGAACAAUCCUUUGAGACUUUCAGCUAUUGCAGAAGGAUUAGGACCUAAAUUUAAAUUAUGUUGUGUUGUAGAAAAUAUAAGCAAUCAACCAAUUAAGGAUAUCUAUAUUAAUUAUGUAUACAAUUCGGAUAUUUACUAACCAUUUUAAUUAAUAAAUCAAUUGCCAUUUUUAAUACCAAAAUAUUAAAAAAACUUUGAGUGUUAUUUUACUAACAUUCAUUAGAAUGGUAUCAGUGAUACGAUUAAAAUCAUCUUGUAUAGAGAAUCAAAAUAACUAAUCUAAACUUCAAUCUAGAUGCCAAUGAGUGAAUUAGAAUGA